CUUGGUGGAAUAUUAACCAAAUUAGUGGACAGGAGCAAACAGAGCAUCUGGAACAGCAGAGAUUCGGGGCCUAGGAGCUGCGCUCUGCAGCAGGAGUUUGCAAAAUGCUGAGUCUGUUCUUCCCUUUUUACCCACAGGCCCUGGCCUGGGAGCAGGGACAGCCUGGUCCCCGGGUGGGAUCCACCGAGAGCCCUGUUUGAGCUCUGGCACCACUUCCCUUAGGCACUGUGAACAGGACACUCAGGCUCUCAGCGUUAGUUUCUUCUCCUGUACGAUGAGCGUGUUGUGGUCCGUUUCUAUGGGUUUGAAGCCAGCGCAGCGUGAGAAUCUGUGUGCAUCCGAUGCUCCAGCUCUGACCCCAAUGUCACGACCAGGAGGUUCACCCAAGGAAGCUGUCAGCGACGGGUGUGCGCAGGCGGUUGGCUCAGGGGCUGCUGGCUGUGGGCAGGGCCGUUUAGACCGCAGAGCGUUUGAUACAGCCUUCAGCGACAGGGAUAGGGAUUUGCUAAAUUAGCAAUGUUGCAGCUGCCUAAGAAAAUACCACGUGGCUUCUGAAUGCUUGCUUAUCGAAUAACAUUUAAUGACAUAGUAAAACUUAGCGAUUAAGUGAAAAUUCAUUUUGCCAAACGAUCAUUCCAAUUUUUAGAGAAAUAAGAGUGUGCAACCACGCAUAUAGAAGGAGACAAGGAAUACCAUAGAAGAAGAGUGGACAUCUCUGGGAGGCAGGUUCCUGAGUGAUUUGUUUUUCUAUGUGCCUGUGGUAUUUUCUAAACGUUCUACUGGGAAUGGAUAUUACUUUUGUAAAAAGGAGAAAUGGUAAAAGUCACUUUAAAAUGUUCGUUUAUUUUAACGGACACCUGCGGGCUCCUGCUGCGUGUGGGGCUUGUUCUGAAAGCUCCGCGGUUCCUCCAGGUGACGGCGGAGGACUCAGUGUCCCCUUUCCCUCCGCAGAGAGCAGCAGCAUGGCCAGCGUGCUGUCCCGGCGCCUCGGGAAGCGGUCCCUCCUGGGGGCCCGGGUGUUGGGGCCCAGCGUCCCGGACGGGCCGUCGGGGCCUGCCCCAGCCUUGGAGCCGCUGCUGGAGGGGGCCGCUCCCCAGCCCUUCCUGGCCUCUGAGGACACCCCCUGCCAGGAGCAGCCCAAGGAGGUCCUCAAGGCCCCCGGCACCUCAGGACUCCAGCAGGUGGCCUUUCAGCCCGGGCAGAAGGUUUACGUGUGGUACGCGGGGCAGGAGUGCGCAGGCCUGGUGGAGCAGCACAGCUGGGCGGAGGACCAGGUGACCGUCUGGCUGUUGGACCAGAAGUUGCAGAUCUGCUGCAAAGCGGAGGAAGUGUGGCUGGCGGAGCUGCAGGGCCCCGUCCCCCACGUGGCAGCCCUGGAGCACGGAGCCCAGGCCCUGGCCUACAGGCCUGUCUCCAGGAACAUCGACGUCCCGAAGAGGAAGUCGGACGCGGUGGAAAUGGACGAGAUGAUGGCGGCCAUGGUGCUGACGUCCCUGUCCUGCAGCCCGGUCGUGCAGAGUCCUCCUGGGGCCGAGGUCAACUUCUCUGCUUCCCGCGCGGCCUGUGACCCGUGGAAGGAGAGCGGCGACGUGUCGGACAGCGGCAGCAGCACCACCAGCGGGCACUGGAGCGGGAGCAGCGGCAUCUCCACCCCGUCGCCCCCCCACCCCCAGGCCAGCCCCAAGUAUCUGGGGGAUGCUUUUGGUUCUCCUCAGACUGAUCAUGGCUUUGAGACCGAUCCCGACCCUUUCCUGUUGGAUGAACCAGCUCCGAGGAAAAGAAAGAACUCCGUGAAGGUGAUGUACAAGUGCCUGUGGCCAAACUGUGGCAAAGUGCUGCGCUCAAUCGUGGGCAUCAAGCGACACGUCAAAGCCCUCCACCUGGGGGACACGGUGGACUCCGACCAGUUCAAGCGGGAGGAGGACUUCUACUACACAGAGGUGCAGAUGAAGGAGGAAUCUGCCGCUGCUGCUGCCGCGGGCACCCCCGCCCCUCGGACUCCCACCGCCGAACCGGCUCCCGCCCCCAGCGUGACCAGCCUGCCCCUCGCCGCCGCUCUUCCACCUCCCAAAGCCCAGCCUUCCGGCCCCGAACACCCCGGCCUGGAGUCUUCUCUGCCCUCGGGCGCCCUCAGCAAGUCAGCCCCGGGGUCCUUCUGGCACAUCCAGGCUGACCACGCUACCAGGUACGGGGCUCUGCCUUCCUUCCAGAUCCCCGUCUCUCCGCACAUCUACACCAGUGUCAGCUGGGCUGCCGCCCCCUCCACCGCCUGCUCCCUCUCUCCGGUCCGCAGCCGGUCACUGAGCUUCAGCGAGCCCCAGCAGCUGCCACCUGCGGUGAAAUCUCACCUGAUCGUCACUUCUCCACCUCGGGCCCCGAGCAGCGCCAGGAAAGCCCGAGGGGAGGCGAAGAAGUGCCGCAAGGUGUACGGCAUCGAGCACCGGGACCAGUGGUGCACGGCCUGCCGGUGGAAGAAGGCCUGCCAGCGGUUCCUGGACUGACCCGCCCGCCCGCCCUGCCCCCGCUCCCGGCCCCGCCGGCAGCCAGCUGACAAAAGGUGUCACCAGCCCUCAGCGGACACCGGAAAGCUAAAGAGUGGAAAUGCAGAGCCUGGGCUCGAUUGGCGAAGGUGUAACACUUAAAAGCAUUUUUUGCCCCUUUGUGGGAACAUUGUAUUUAAAAAAAAAAAAAGGAAAAAAAGAAACAGAAAUAUUCCCCCGCCCUGCUCCCUGCCCCCCAAAAUAGGAGAGAGCCAAAACUGACCAAGGGUAUUCAGCAGUGAACCGGAGACCAAAGAAUUACUUACCCUCCCUCCCGCAUCUCCCUCUCCAGGGGAUUAGUUCGUACGCAUCAAAAGAAGGAACAGCUCGUCCUGUUUCCUGCUGAGUUGGUGAAUUCUUUGCUUUCUCAACUUUUUCCAGAAAGGACUGUGAGCAACAUGAAUUUACUUUUCUUUUCUUUUUUUUUUUUUUAAAAAAAGUUUCUGGCUGACGGGUGGCUGAGAGGCGGGACUGGGUGGCCGGGUGGGAAGGUGGGUGUCCGCGUUUCGGGGAGUGUCGCCGCUUCCCGCCUGCGCGGCUCCCGUGGAGGGCAGAGGAAGGGCCUUCCUUGGCAGCAGCUGUUGGAGCCUGGGAGCCCUUAGACGCUGGGUUGCAUCCCGACAGAUGGCACGUGGCUUCUUCUCACAGCCCAGACUCAUAGGUUUUUAGACUGUCCCCAAAUAGCUGAGCCAACAGGCUGAUAAGAAUCCACUUUUCGGGACGUGGCAGUUAAACACUACCUUGAUGGUUCUCCUCCUUCCUCGGGGAGUCGGUGUCUUCAGAAACUCUCUGCUCUUCCCCAGAUAACUCCCUCCCGACGCCCCUCCCGCCAGCUCUGGAAAGGGCACCUGCGGAGCCCGUUCUCUCCUGGCGGGUGUGGGAGUCUUUACUGAUGGGCGUUUCCUUUGUCUGGGCGCCGGGGAGACCCCAGCGGGUUGCUGGCCGGUUCCUGUUUGUCUCCUGGCUUCAGCAGGGGUUUCCCCAUUUCCGUUUCCGGGCUGGAGGCGGGAUGGGGGAGGCCAGAGAGCGUCCUCUAGGGAGCGAGGUUCGGGCUGAGGAAACCACGGAGCGGGACGUGGGGUUGCAUUUGGUGGCUCCCGGCGUUUCUGCCCUGGUGUUUCUGGAGACCACAGGCUAAUUUAGGGGAGACGAAACUGGGCCACAUUGUGGUCCGUGAGUAGAGCUGUUCCUGUCGGGCAGGAGGGAGGCCUGGGGGGGUUCGGCGCCGGGCCAGCUCCGAUGCACACGGACCGAGCAGGACAUGCUCCUGUCCUGGCACCUCCUCUCUCUUCCGAGCUCCCCUCCGGGCCUGCUCGAGCGUGACCACCUGGUGCCCAGCUGUCUUGGGGACAAGCCCUAGCCCGACGUCCCAGAUGUCAGGGGCUCAGGGACUCCCACCAAGCCACCUGUCCUAGCACUAAGCGGCAGCAUCCACCCCCUGGGUUGUCAUCAAGGCUGUCUUUUGAGUCCCAGGUGAAGACACCUGGCCACCGAGGCCCUGUUGGAUGCUUCAGGUGGGCAACAGACACGUGCUUUUCAAUUUGAGACACACCGAGUGUUACAAAACCUGCAGACCUAACCAACUCAGGGGCGUGGUGUCCUGAAGGGUAUAGUGCCCUGGCUUGGUGACAGAAAGGACAGACACUCUUAUGCUGCAGCUGUCUUUGGUAUGUUGUUAUAACGUAGUAAAGAAAAUGUACGUGGAAUUCUGUGUCUUGGUAAAGCUGAGAAGCAGCAGGCCAGCCCUUGGUGGCCCAGGGAGCUCUUGCCGAGUGUCCCCUUUAGAAAAGCUGCUGGGGUUCCCUUCCGCCAUUCGGACCGUGCAGACGUCGCCGGAUGCACAGGUGUCUCCGGAUGCACAGGUGUCUCCGUGUGAGGGCGGCUCCCCGGCCCGCUGGCACACAGGGCGGGAAAGGAAGAGAGAAAGCAGACGAGGGUGGAGCAGUCUAGAAACUGGGGUGGUUUUGUUUUUGUUCUGGGUCUUGGGUUUGGGUGCAGCCUUCCCUGCCUGCAUUUGCUCCCUGUCCUUUUCGGCGGGGGCGGCGUCCGCUGCCUCCCCUCACCCCUGCCCCCCUGCCCUCGCCCCUCUCAUGGCUGUUGUGUUGGUUCUUAGCACAUGCUCCGUCCCCGGGGUCGCUCCAUCUGUUUCUUCUCGGAGGGUGGGGGUGGUCCGGGUGCGGACCCGGCGAUCAUGCUUGUUUGCCUCAUCUCCAAUCUCCCUUCCUCCCCCCUCCCUCGAGCCCGGGAAGCAGGAUCUUGUGGAACUGAGAUGCCACCGAUGAGCUUCUGAAACUAACAGGACCGAUUUUCAAAGCAGUUAUCUUGGGAAACCAUCUGUUCAUCCCAGCGAUGUUACCUUUAUCCAGAAUAUUUCUCGAAGUCACCUUCAGAGCCGGUGGUGCUGUGUUCCGAACACCUUUAAGGACACCAAGCCUGCACCCACGCUCCCUUAGCGCAGAGCCCGGCGAAUCAUGUCCGUGGUCGGGGGGAGAGCUCAGGCUGCAGACCGAGAGGACUGUGUCAGGUAGCUUGGGUUUAAUCGUGCGGCUUUUAAACUGGCUCUGAGAGCAAUUCUGUAAUUUCAGAGCGUGUCGAGCAACGGCAGUGUUGCCAUGGGAAGUCUAUAGUGCAACUCCUCGGAGAACAAUGCGAAUUUGGAUUCUGAUUUGUUGGGAGAAAUUGGUCCUGUUACUUUCUGGUCAUCCAGGUUCUGACUUUACCAGGGGCAAAAAAAAAAAAAAAAAAGGAGAGGGAGAUAAAUCCCAUCUGUGAAUUUGUCUUAUUGGCGCCUUUUCCCCAGCUGUCUUCCAAGUAUUAUUUUUACUGUUAAAAAAUUUUUUUAAAAAAAUGUGAAAUGUAAUGUUUUUACAGCAACAAUAUGAAAUAUAUUUUAUAAAGA